AUGGGAAUCACAAACUUCACUGGCUGGAUCAAGGCGACAGACGGAGUGAAGAAAGAUCAGACCAAGAGAUGCGAAGUCAACUUAUCAUCGAUGAUUUUUGCGUUGGUGAACGCGCUGAGUUUCCAUGAAACGGUGGAGUUCGUUGCAAAGUCGGCCCGACGUCAUAUGUCUAACCACGCAACAACAUCGACACAUCAGACUUCAUCCGGCCCAGAGCGAGCAGCCGACGCCGAUGACGCGGGCAUGUCUACUCACACAACAACAUCUACACAGCAGGCUUUAUGCAGUCCAAAACGAGCAGUUGACGUCGAGGAUGAGUACAUCGCCGACACUGCUUCCUCUAACAAACGCCUCCGACCCCUCCAGCUCCAGUUCGUCGACUCUCCCGCAACCGCUGCUGUCGCGUCGUCUCUGAGUCCAUGCCUCUCCCUAAAGGUAGCCGGCCGACACUCCUUUCCAGAUAUUUGCCUUCGUACUGGCCCGGCUCCUGAUCACUUGUAUCUCAUCGAGAAGUGUUUCGGCCCAGAUGAGAAGUCGACCAACCAAAUCGCUGAAAAGAGCCCCGCAACCGCUGCUGUCGCGUCGUCUCAGAGUCCAUGCAUCUCCCUAAAGGUUGCCGACCGGCACUCCCUUCCAGAUACUUGCCUUCAUACUGGCUUGGCUCUUGGUCACACGUAG